GGGAAAAGAAUGUGCCCGGGAGUCAGUGUGGCCAAGAAAGAAUUGCUAGGAUUCGUUGUGGGUCUCUUGUCCAGGUUUCAAUUUAGCGCUCCGCGGGUAGAUGGGAAAGAGGAGCUACCUUCAUUAAAAGGGGUUUAUGGUUUGACAAAGGCGCCCCAACCAUUCAAGUUCUGUAUUCAGUCUGUGUAG